UUGAAAACGGGAUCUGAAGCUUAUUGCGCCAAAACAGCUGCGUACGUUGGCCUCUUGAUUGAUAUAUGCUACUUCGGCUUGUUGGUACACUGCCAACUUAAACCAGCUAUACGUGUUCGGCUGAACAGAGGAAUUUUCGAGCAAGCCUCCUCCAUAGUUGCUGGAUUAGUUGAGUACGAGGUUCCUCGCAUCCAAAUACCCAAUUCACAACAAUGCUUCACGGAAGGAUGUGUUCAGAUACACUCAUUCCGUAUGACAUCAUUCCGAUUACCGCGCUCAAUAUCAUUUCAGCCUUCACCACCUAAUCAGUUUGCCUUACGGGUAACAGAUUUCGAUUUCUUUGUAACUGGCCAGUUAAGUGGAACAAUUCAGGUUCUCUUACAGAUUCCAGUAGCCGGUAGCGUUUACGUAUCAGGCAGAGGUAUAUCUGUGACGGCUUACUUGGAUUUGCAAAAAACUUUCGGUGAUGAGCCCUACUUGAGAUUUUUGUCCUGUGAACUGGACCAUGGCUUCGUCGAUACAAGAGUAGAGAACAUGGGAAUAUUUACUGAUACUGUGAAUUCUAAAUACAGAGGAACUAUGUCUGACCAAUCGAGAUCACAGUUGGAACAAGCUAUAUGUGCUAACAUGAAUCGUCUUGCUCAGCAGCACUUUUCUACCCGACUCACAAGACUCCCUAAUCAAAUUUCAGCUAAAGAACUCGUAGAACUUCUGAUAACUGAGAAUGAAGCUUUGACAAAAACCAACAGUACAACACUUCUCAAACGCAACCGUAGAGCUGCUUCAGACGACUACUACGAUGACCUCGAAUCCUCUCCAUCAUCGUCUUCUUCUAAAAGAACAACUCCUACACCUAAACAGAUCUCAUUCUCAACUCAAAACACUGAAGAACCCGGAUCCUUCAAAAUCAAUAGAUCAGAUGUUAAGAACUUCUUCAAUGUGGAAAGAUUGUCUCAUAUUAUGAUUGACCUCACUUUGUUAGAUGCUUAUUCGACUAUGACUGAAUUCACUGUUGGGAUGGAUGGAGCCGUGACUACCACAAAAACACCUGGAUCACCACCAUUUGAUCCUCCUUUCCCUUUCCGUCUCCCAGAAGCCGAACAGAUUCGGCAAGCAGAGAUUGUUAUCUCGAAUUAUACAUUGAAUAGUUUGUUGUACCAAGCUCACAGAACGAAUUCUUUAUUGUUCCAUGUCGAUUCAAAAACACCAGGAGUUGGUGGAACACUAAAAACAACUUGUUCUCUGGAUGAAGUCUGUAUUUCGGACCAAAUUGAAGAGGUUGGCCAAAAAUAUCCGGACCGUAGUUUUGAAUUGAUUGUUCGAACAACGAAAGCUCCAACAGUACGCAUUGAGAAAGAUAACCUAUAUUUGGAGCUAUCAGGAAGAUGUUUGUUCUUCUUAGAAGGUACUCGCCAGAAAGUUGGCGUGAUUCCUUUCGAUUCUUUGGCCAGAAUUCAAAUGCAAACUGAAAAUUCUUUAGUGAAAGGUCAAAUGAAAAUUCUUCGAUUAACUUUCGAAAACUCUGUUGAUUUCUUCGGAUUAACUGCCUCAGACUUAGAUGGUUUCCGCGCCACAAUACAAACAGCCUUAGAAAACUUAAUGAAUAAGUUUAUGAUGAGAGGUAUCUCACUGAACACAAAAAGUUUGAAAGUUCCACUCAAGUUUUCAUCAGCUCAUAUGUCUCUCGAACGGGAUGUUAUUAUUCUUCAGGCAAAUGUUGAUCUAUUCAACUCAUUAUACGCAAACCAGGGUUAA